CGCGAUUCGAUAGCAUUUCUAAGCCUACCAUAGUGGAACCUCUCUAGGAUGCUCUCUCAAUUUAUAUCGCUUGUGCUCAUUCUGUACAGAUGUGGAUUAGCACUCUCUUGGGACGUAAGUCCAUCCGCUCGUCAUAACCAUUAUUACGGUUUCAGAUUUCCGCCCAGUUGAAUCCCAACUGUAAUGUCUCUCAGUGUGAUUUAUUCAACAUUGUUUAUGUGAGAGCCUCAAACAGCACAUCGUCUGUCCACUGCUUGUUUGCUGCGUCAAAACGAAUGGCUCCGUCCGUUCUCAUCAUUCACAGCUCAAAUCAGUCCGCCUAUCUGCAUGUCAACUGGAGUUUGUUGAAUUCAGAACCGUCAGACCCUACGGAAGCGAUUGUCGUAGACGGAAUAACCCAAUCCUAUGCUGUUACCCUGCUUGAUUUGGUGGAGUAUAAUGACAAGGCUGAUACAGCUGAUCUAUCCCAGCCCCAAUCGAAUGCCACUGAUAUUACCUAUCGUCGAUUCAGUCAAUUGCGCUGGAACCUCACGUCGGACAAACUACCUUCGAAUUCGCCACCCUACAUGCUGACGGGUGAUGAGAUCCUCGAGAUUACUUAUUCAGGAAACAACACCGAUGCGGUGUUUUCAACUGGAGGUCGUGUUGAUCUGAAAUUCAUGGUCAGCAACUCCAAACAGCACAAUCCAACCAAACCUCGGAUCCAGUUCGUCCCCGGAUUAAGUCUACAAUUCGAAAUUUCCAUGGUCUCUUUGAAAACAAACCUAUCUAACGGUCGUUUCGGUCUUCGUCUUGGCUUGGUGUCACAAGAUCCGGUAACGGAACAAGAUGAUUUUCUCUACUCCUCAACGUCCAGCAUCAACGACGAAGUCACUCCUGGUAUAUUCGAGACCGUCAACUUGCUGCUGAACAAACGUGUCAACGCGGUCAACUCGUCCUUGGAUCCGGCCCACACUCCAUCUUGGCCCGCCGGAUUUGUGCAAUCCCGGCCAGUGUGCUACAUAUCCGACGAUAGUCGUGAGGUGAAAACCAGUCGUAACGCACUGCUGGCGAAGAAUCGUGACGCAGUGCCGAAUUUGGAUGAGCGCAAGUCCAUUCUCAGCCUCACACUUCCGUACAUUUUCUAUGGAUCGCGCAUAUCACCAUCUAUUCCCGCCGACGGCGAAUCAUCGGUGAACGCCACUGCCGUGGGCCUCCGCAUCCAAAAUGUUUCGCUGGGCACGCCAGGAGACGGGUACUACGCAGCGUCUGAGUUCAUUGUCUGGACCGCAUCAUUCGGCCUCGGAGAGCCCCCGGUAGAUCCGCUUUCCCCGCUUCUGAUUGGCCUUCUCGUGCUGUCCACAGUGGUGAUUAUUGGCUCCCUACUUUUCGGGACGCUAAUUAUCUUGGUGUUGCGUCAUCGCAAUCGACCCGGUCGAUUCGAGUUGCUGUCCGAAAGUGAAUCGGUUGAACCCGUGUCCACGUGAUUAUCACUCACUCACUCACCCAACUACACAGCAUACCGUCUUUCCUCGAUGGCUGUCGGUUCUAGAUGAACGCACUGAUUUUCUGGUCACUGAUCUCUUUGCUUUAUGGUGUUGUGUCUUUUUUAAGCGUCUUUUACUUGUGUGAUUCCCAAAUGUUCCAAAGUAAGCGGCCGCUUUGUCUUUUAUUUUUAGCGUUCUCUGCGUAAGAAAACUGAAAUUCUG